AUGGCUUCAAAGAAACCAAAGCCAGCUCCCACUGAUGAUGAAUUGAAUGAACUUUUGGAAGGCAUUGAUGAAGUUCAAGUUAAAGCACCUUCUUCCAAGGGGCCUUCCAAAUCACAUAAAACAAAACAACCUUCUCAAUCAGAACAAGAUUUACUUGCGGAACUUGAAAACCUUGGAGCACAACAACCAAGUCGACCACACACACCACGAAUUCAACAAGUGAAACGUUCAAAUACAGCGACUCCUCCACCAGCUUCUCGCAGAAGUGAGGACAGAUCAAGCGAGGAGAAAUCUGCUUUACCUCGAAAAUCUGUUGACAGUACUCGAUCGUUCCAUACUAGUUUUACUCCUUCCGCAACUAGUAGCGAUCUUCAAGAAGCGGAAAAGAAAGCUCCAAUUUCUCAGCCUGCUACUGAAGCCCCUUCAGCAGGUGGAGGAUGGUCAUGGGGAAGCGUCUUUGCAACAGCAACAGCGACAGCUAGUGCCGCGGUCAACCACGCUCAAGCUGCAGUGAAGGAAAUACAACAAAAUGAAGAAGCUAAACGAUGGGCAGAACAAGUUAAGGGAAACGUUGGAGUUCUUAGAGGCUUUGGUGGUGAGUUGACAUCUAGAGCUCUUCCAACCUUUACGAACAUUCUUCAUACUCUCGCACCACCUAUUUCAUCCCACGAACGACUCCAAAUCCACAUCACCCAUGAUUUAAUUGGAUAUCCCUCUCUCGACCCUCUCAUCUAUUCUACAUUUUCUCGUGUGAUGGCUCAAGUUGAAGGAGGAGAUCUGCUUGUCAUUCAACGUGGUCACGAAUCCACAGCACGUCGCGCAUCAGAAGCUGGUUAUACUGGAGGUAAUGCAGGAUGGAGCGAUGGACCUUGGUGGCGCGUAGGAACCGACAAUCGUGAUAUUGGCUCCGUUAAAGGACUUAUCGAAGGAACGAAGCUCGUCCGCGUAAGCGCAGAAGCCUAUUCGAAGGAAUAUUUUGAUGCGCAUGGUGGGCUCGAACUCGCCGCUCAGCGAGCUACUGAAGAUCUUAGCGAAUCAAAUCCCGUCCGCAGCAGCGAUAUUUUCAUGGCUGUCCAAGCGAUUACUCAUGAAGCACCAGAAGAUUUGUUCCAAGGAGGUCCAGUAAAGGAGGCAGAAGGAGGUGUGGUUGACGAAAAACCAAAACCGGAUGAAUUGAUAUCCUUCGCUAUUUAUCUCCAAGACCCAAUCCAUAGCAUCACUUUCCAUACACUUACGCAAGCCAUUCCUGCUAAAUGGAUUCAAUGGCUCGAUGCUCCAGCUCCUUUAACCCCAACAUCCACAUCUUCACCCUCUAAAGAAAAAUCCGGUUUCUUUGGUACAGAAUCAGAGAAUGCGCAUGCAGGAUUACCAGAGGAGAUUCAACAAAUUAUAGAGAGUGGAGGAGUGGACCCCCGUGAAUGGGUUGCAGAAUGGGUGGAGGAGACCUUGAGUUUGGGUGUGGGUGUUAUCGCACAGAGAUAUGUGGCAAGGAGGAUGGGAGUUGGCGAAGGUGGUAUUGGGAAGGGAAAGGCUAGAAUGGAGGAAGUACUUGGCGAUGGAGGUGGGGAGGCAGCAAGAGCGGGGUUGAUCUGA